AUGGGUAGGGCUGCCAGUUCAUCUCCGUCGUCGUCCUUCGAGAGCAGCAGCAAUAACCGCCGCUUUGGUUUCUCGACCACUGGCGGCGGUGGAGCUUCUUCCAUGGAUUUCGGCCCCGAUCUUAGGCUCGGCCUUGGCAUUUCGAGCUCUCCUCCUUAUGGAAGGUUGUUUACUUGGUUUCCUUUUACAUCUGAAAAUGGUUACUUUUGUCUGGGGCUAAUGAACUGUGUUGAUGGCAGGGAGCAGGCGAGGUUAAGGCGGGUGUUUGGUGAAGAAGAAAAUGAGUGUAACAGUGCGACGUUCUUUGUUAAGGUUUACAUGGAAGGGAUUCCUAUUGGGAGAAAGCUGGAUCUUUUGGCUCAUGAUAAUUACUAUGACCUCAUAAGGACCCUUCAACAUAUGUUCAACACUAAUAUUAUCUGGGCUGAAGCUGAGGUUGAUGGAGAUCAUUAUGAGAAAUACCAUGUGCUUACAUAUGAAGACAAGGAAGGUGAUUGGAUGAUGGUUGGUGAUGUUCCCUGGGAGAUGUUCUUGUCAGGCGUGAGGAGAUUGAAGAUCAGCAAGUGCUGAAUUUUGGAUGCAGGA